CGACCAAAAAAAUUCUGAUAAGCGGCUGACUUACUCUCACUCGACAAACAUUCUGUCAAGAUGAUCCUUGCCCCUGUUAUCUAAAGUACAUAUCAAGCUAAUCGUUUUAAGUCUACGAGCAACUCGAAUUCUUGAAGUAGGAAGGAUGAAAGAUUAAUUAGAGGUCAUACUGCUUGGAGAAGGGAGUUGGAUUUCUCCAUGAAGAUACUGCAGCCAUUCUGCCGCCCCAACUACUAUGUUCAACCUCUACUUCCAGUGAUGAAGAAGAAAGGAAAGGGUGUCGUGGAUUUGAAUAUGCAAUAGCAGAAUGCUCAAGGGAAGAUGGCGCCAAUGCUGCAGAGUUCGAUUUUAGAGGAAGAACAGUUCGGUUGAAACGUUUCGGAGUGGUAGCCGUUUCGUUGACAAUGGGAGAUGUGCAAGCAAGGAACGACGGCGCUUUAGUUAUUGUUUGUUUAAACUGCUUUAUGUUAUUUGGACGAAUAGUGUUUAACCACGUCAUUGUUACCGUUGUGAAACAGUGAAUUCGGAACUAGUAUAAAUAAAUGAAACCCAGCAACAGAACAAGCUGAGGAUUCCAAAACCCUUCCUCCAUUCCUUCUUUUCAAUAUGGUAUCAGAGCAGAUCUGAAGCAAUGGCGGAAAAUCAAGGUCCAAAUCAAACACCACCAUUCAAUCACGCUUCCCCCCUGCAAUUUGGUCAGUUUACUGAUGGCAAUCUUAACAACAACAACACUGCUGCUGCUUCUGGAUUUGGGACUACUACUGCUGCUGGUGCUGCUCCAGAUCCAAACUUGGGUAACCCAUUCUACAUUAACCCUAAUGAGAAUCUAGCUCAAUCUGUGAUUCCCAUUGUCUUGGAUGGUCCUAAUUAUCAAAUGUGGUCUAAGGCUGGGAGAAUUGUGUUGAAAACAAAGCAUAAAUUGGAUUUUAUAGAUGGGAGCAUACCAGUUCCUCCUCAGGGAGAUCCACUGUUUCACGUUUGGGAUGCUUGUAACACUAUUGUUCUUUGUUGGAUAACACAUUUAUUGCAAAAGGACAUUGCUCGCAGUGCCCUGAGUCAUGACAAUGCUCAAGUUCUGUGGACUGAGUUGAAAAGCAGAUAUGGCCAGGCUUGUGCUCUCAAACUAGCAAACCUAGAAGAUGAUACUGUUAAGCAAGGAACUCGUACAAUUACCCAGUACUACAGAGAGAUGAAGGGUUUUUUGGAGGAAUACAGUCAGUUUAAUCCAAUUGUCCCAUGUGGAUGUGCACCUGGUAAUCCAAUGCCUUGUGCUACUGUAGAAGCUUUCAGGAAGAAGCAGAAUACAGAUUACUUGAUUUGGUUUUUGGCUGGUUUGAACCCUGAGUAUGACCAGAUUAAGACUCAACUCCUGCUCAUGAAGCCACUUCCCACAGUGGUGAUGGCAUUUGAUGAUCUCUUGCAGCAUGAGCACAAGCUUAAGGCAGAGGGCAGCCACAAGAAGAAGACAGGACAAUCAGUGGCAUUGGCUGUUGGAGGAGGCAAUUCUAUUAGCACAUCUCGAAGAGCUAACAAAGACAACCCACCUGCUAAGGGAGAUAGAGAAGAACUGUUUUGCAACUACUGCAAGAAAACUAAUCAUGUUAUCAAGGAUUGCUGGAGGCUUAAGAAGAGGAGGCAGGAUCGAGAAGCUGCAGAGAAUGCUGGAAGAUUUGCAGGUUCUGUUGGUCAGAACAUUGGAUCUGAAGAAGGAAGUCAGUCUGAAGGAUUGCAUAUUGAGGUUGGCAACAGGUUUACUAGUCCAGUUGGAGGUUUUACUGCAGAAGAGAUGAGCAGGUUGAGAGGCAUCCUGCAGAUGUCCAAUUCCACAUCUCCAACCUCACCUUAAAGUCCAGCAAUCAAUCAUAGAGCACACUCAGUCACUACUCAUCUUCCUACCUUCCCAAACUCUGCAGGUAAAUAUGUUCUGUCUUCCACCAUUUCUCAUAAUGUCUUGUCUUCAACUUGGAUACUUGACAUGGGUGCAUCAGAUCAUAUUGCUUGUUCUCUUCAUUUGUUUCAUAAAUGCCUUCUAGUGUCUGAUGUUUAUGUCUAUCUCCCUAACAAAACCAAGGUCCUAGUCAGCCAUAUAGGAUCAGUUAAGCUCACUCCUGGUCUUUUCCUUCACAAUGUUCUUCUGGUUCCUAGUUUUACCUUCAAUUUGGUUUCUGUCAGCAAGCUGACACAUGACCUACCGAUCUCACUCCUCUUUCAAUCUAAUGUUUGCCAUAACCAGGACCUGAUAUCAACUAGGAUGAUUGGUUUGGCUCGAUAAACUAAAGGCUUGUACCACUUCAUUUCACCAAACACUUCCAGCUCAUCAUCAAACACUUCAUUUCCUUCCCAAGUUGCCUCUGUCUACAAUUUUGAACCUCAGAAGAUCUCCUUGUGGCACUGGCGCUUAGGACAUCCUAGUUCUAAUAGAUUUCAGCUUAUUAA